GUAAAAAGCGCAUAAAUUAUAAAUCGCACCACUAUUUGAACUAGAAUUCGCUCCGAUUCCCUGUUUAGGAAAAAGGACAAAUUUUUGUACAGAAAGAAUGAAAAAUUCAAGAUGCGACGCCAUGGUGAUGGAGAAGAAAGAAGAGCCGGAAGAGGACGAUAGAAGGGAAGCAGUCAUAGCAUCGGCUCCGUCAUUGCAAUCCAAUUUCGAGCCGAAAGGAGGCAUCACCCAAGCUCAGCUUUCCAAGUUUCAAGAAUUGCACAGGAGGCGUUUACAGAUAAAAUCAAAAACAAAGACUAAGAAGACAUCAAGAGGAAGUGGUGGCAGGAAUGGAAAAUCUCACAGCAAAGACAUUGUCCAGGAUUGUGCUGAUGAAGAUUCAACUAUAGCAAUUGAAGAGUCCGGUGUUUCCGACUCUGAAAGACACAAUAACAAAAACAAUUCCUCCUUUCAGCAGAACAAUUUAGCUACUCCUAUUGGAUCAAAGCAGCGCCAAAAGUUACAUUGGGGGCUUGACACAAAAGAGAGGUGGGAAAGGAAAGCGAACAUGUAAACAUUGCCAUGGAAGUGAAUUGCAGCCAGUUGUUGGAAAAGUGCUCUGAUAUUGGUUAUAUUGCAGAUGCUUUUUCGUUUUUCUUUUUUCUUUUCCCUUUUCUAGCGCAUAUGCUUGUUGAUAGACCAUCAAUCUAGCUCAUACCAUGUAUAUAAUUGUGAGUGUCACCUUCCCAGCUGGCUGCUGUAUCUUGGUAAGUGUUGCAUAUGUAGUGGUGGAAUAUGAAAUGAUUAAUUGUGGAAGAGAGUAGGUUCAUAGAUAUUAGAAACAAAAAAGAAUGAUAGUGAUGGUUUCCAACUCAAGUUGUCUCAUGAUCAUAUGAGGAGGUACGUCUGAGUUCGAGCCAGUAACUUCUGGUCUCUAGUGUCAUUUAAGCAUUGCUUCGAUACGACAUUCAUCAUGUAGCUCUCAUUCGUUGGGCGAGGAACACAUGGCAUUGCCGUAGGUAUGUAAGGAUAUAACAUUUGCUUUUGCCGUGAAAAUUUGAAAAGAAGCUUAAAAGCCUCAAUACACAGCAAACACGUU